GCCGGCUAGCAGCAACCAUCGCAGCAGGGACGGGAGACGCUGUUGCUCUUUAUUUCACACAAAAAACAGCUUUUAUCCACAAUGUCUGGAUUUGACAGCAACCCCUUCGCGGGCCCGGUGGACGUAAACCCCUUCCAGGAUGCCUCGGUAACAGAAGCCACCAGCAGAGCAGGGGAAACCAUUGGAGACUUCAACCCGUUCUCUGCAACUGGAACUGGAAUGGGAAACUACUCUGGAACAACCAUCCCCAUCUCUGGUGCUCCCUCCCAACCCGCCGUACUGCAGACUUCUGUGGAGCAGAGUGCAAAGGCGACUGCAGCUGCUGCUCAGGCUGACCUGAUAAAACAGCAGGAGGAGCUGGAAAGGAAGGCAGCUGAACUAGAUCGAAAGGAGCAGGAGUUAAAGAACAGAGAUGCAAGCAGAGUACCAAACUCUGGUGCUAAAGAAAACAACUGGCCGCCUCUGCCAAAGUUCUUCCCUGUGAACCCCUGCUUCUAUCAGGAUUUUGAGGAGGAAAUCCCAGAUGACUUCCGUGGGAUCUGCAAGAGAAUUUACUAUCUCUGGAUGUUCCACAGUGCCACCCUCUUCCUCAAUGUGCUGGCCUGCCUCGCUUACUUCACUGCAGACUCUCAGAACGGUGUUGAUUUUGGCCUGUCCAUCCUCUGGUUCAUCCUCUUCACACCCGUGUCCUUCAUCUGCUGGUACAGGCCCGUCUACAAGGCCUUCAGGUCUGAUAGCUCCUUCAGCUUCUUUUUCUUUUUCUUUGUAUUUUUCUUCCAAGUGGCAGUGUACAUCAUCCAGUCAGUGGGGAUUCCCAAGUGGGGAAACAGUGGAUGGAUUUCAUCAAUCAGUAUGAUCGGCACAAACCUGGCAGUUGCGGUGGUUAUGAUGGUUGUGGCUGGUUUCUUCACCGUAAACGCCGUUCUAGCGAUCAUCCUACUGAAAAUGGUCCAUGCCAAGUACAGAAAUACGGGCGCCAGCUUCACCAAAGCCCAGCAGGAGUUCUCUCAAGGGGUCCUGACCAACCGGACCUUCCAGAACACGGCUGCUAGCGCUGCCAGCUCCGCCGCUCAGGGAGCCUUCGGCAGAAACCAGGGAAAUUAGACUUCUCUCAGGCACUCCCAGGCGCACCAGGCAAGCCGCGCCUCUACGUCCAUCACUGAUCUUAGGGGACUGGGAUUUGAUACUUUUAAAGGAAAAAAGCCAAAUGCAACAAAUGAUAAACUCAGACUAGUGUUGUCCAUAUUCUCUAAUCAUAAUUCAGAAUUUGAAAGUGACUGUAAGAACGUGUUGAACUCAAAUAAGAGGUCAUGUUGGAGGAUGCACUGCUCUGCACGGGAUGGUGGUUAUUGAAUUAUUGAACUACAUUUUUUUUUAAUGUGCAGUUGGUCAAAGUUAAUACUAUAAUAGGUUAUUUUGGAAAAAGAAAUGAAGGAAAGAAAAAAUUGCAAGAUGUUGUUACGGCAUUAUUUCCAUUUUGCUUUAAAUAGGUCAGAUUUAUUCAAAUCCUUUUAUUCAUAAAGACAUUGGCAAUAAGUGUUAAGAUUUUUUAGAUUAUAAAAAAACAAAAAACUUGAAUGGCAGAUGUAAACACUGCCCGAUGAGUCUGGUUUAUAUCAAAAUCAAUACUUGUCACAAAAAUGUUUUCCAAUCACUGGUAAAGUUUCAUGAUGUUCCUAUAUACCGUAUGUCGUUUUUUAGACAUUACAGCUGCAAGAAGUUAAUUAUACUUCAAUACUUGUUGCGCCCUCUGCACAUGAAGUUGGGGUAUAUUUUUGGCAUGACUUUUUUCUGUGACUAACUUUUCUGACUAAACAUUUGGUUUCAUGUGAAGGAGACUUCAGGAGGAGCUAAUGAAGGUGAUGGGAUGAAGGUGUUUGUUCAGUUGGAAAACUGACUUUUGAUGAAGUCAGGUGCAGACGGUAAAUGAAGAGGCGCAAUGUUACAUUUUAAUUUAAUUCAUGUCAAGUUGUGAAGAAAACCUUUCUGCUGUUUCACUGAGGUUUUCUGUGAUCGCAACGAAGAUUUGUGCGUUUGUAAAAUCAUUGACCUUUGACCUUAUAGGAGUUAAGUAUAUUAGUGAGCAGGAAGAACAAAACACUUACACCGCACGCAGGACUUUGAAGUUGUUACUACUUGAUGGGUAUUUGAUGUUUUCAAGCCUUUACAUGUAAAUAAUACUGAAACUGUCUGUCUCAUAUUUAAACAUUGAAUCACUUUGUUGAGACGUAAACUCUGUGCCUUUGAGCAGGUCUAGCCUACCAAUUUUAGUGGGGAGGAUUUGAUUGUUCAGUCUAAUUCUGUAUUUAUAGGAAUCUUUUUAUCAUGGUGAAGUUUUUAUGUCUUCAUUGUAACAUGUCUAAUGGUGUGUAUAUAUUUGUGACUUGUUUUUAAAAGCAUUUACUGGAUGGGUAUAUGAUUUUUCGGACUUAAAAUCCAAUAAACUUUUAAA